AUGGGAAGAAAAAGAAUUCUUACAGUAAUUUAUUGUUUCAUAUCUUUUUUCCCACCAAAGAAAUCCUUUUUAUCUGUAUUUCAUUGUAUUGGAAUCGUUUUAUUUAGUUAUCUAAUAGUUCAUCAAGUAUAUCAAACAUCUUCUACUUACGUAAGAAGUAUUCAUCAAUCAUCAGACAUAGCAUUCACUGACAAAGAUCAUAAUACUUGUGUGGAUGAUAGUAAAUUAUCACUUCGAAUUCUUUCAAGUGUAAUUUUUCGUAGUGACACAAUAAAUUAUCUUGGUUUUGUACUUCGAUCUCAUUCAUUAUUUUAUUGUUCAGUUCCAAAAGUAGCUACACGAACUUUUCUUACAUUUGUUACUUAUCUUCAUAUACGUGAUGAUUUAAUACCUUUACUCACAAAUAAAUCAACACUGAGUAAUUGGAAUUCUCAGAGAAAAGCAAACCCUUUCGAUUUUAAUAAUAUCAACCAAAUCCUGUCGUCUCCAAUGAAGAAUGACUCUCAGCCAUCCCUGCUCAAUUCAAUUUCAAUUCUUAAAUCGUUUUUAUCACUCCUCGUGGAUUUCAAUAAAAAAAAUGUCACCGAUUUUGAUGUCUGGUCAAUAUAUCAACGGAAAAGUUUUCCUCUUAUUCGCCCUCAAACUUUAGCCAAUGUAUCGCUAAUUUUUUCAUCGAAUUUUACUCGUGUUAUUUUUGUCCGUCAUCCGUUAGAGCGUUUAGCAUCAGCUUAUGUCGAUAAAAUAGCUUCGCUGACGAAUGAGCCAUUUUUAUUGUAUGAUUCAAUACGUCGAGCAAUUUGUCGAAAAUACUCUUCAUUUUAUCUGACAGAUGCUCAACGUAAGUUUUAUCGUAUUCAUAGACGAAUACCGAAAAAAAUCGAAGAACCAUGCCAUAACGUAGUUCCUAAAUUUGAGCAUUUUAUUGCUUAUAUUAUGUCUAAUUCAAUCAUAAAAGAUGUUCAUUGGUAUCCUUAUUCAAAACUAUGUUAUACAUGUUUAUUUAAAUAUAAUUUUAUCGGAAAAUAUGAAACAAUUGAAGAAGAUCUUGGAAGAUUAUUAACGUAUCUUGGAUUAGAGCAAAGGAUUGGAAUAAUGUCAACUACUUUAGGACUGGAAAAACAAGAGAGCAUUAUAAAUCAAUGUAUUCAAAUUUAA